AACUCUGCGGGGCCCCGCACGAAAUUGGACGGCGCAUGCGCAGCGCGCUGGGGUCGAGGCGGUAUUUAGGGUCUGCGGACGCCCAGAAAAUUUUGACUGAGGUCGGUGCUAGUUGGCUGUGACUGCCCAUCACGACAUCAGCAGCGCCCCAUCCGUGAGUGGUCGUUUUGGUGAGUCGCUGCAGGCGGGAGGGAAGGACCAGCGAUGCUCGAGACAGCCAUAGGAAAGAGGAGCAAAAUCAACAAGACCUGUAUUCUCUGUGGCUGCGAACAAGUCAUAUAGCCGGAUUGAGCCUUAAUUUUUCCAGCUGGAACGUUGAGCUAACUGUUCAUAUCUAUUGAGCUGUUGAUGAGCUAGGCAGUAUUGUCAUAUGAAGUUGAACAUGGCAGAAGAAGAGGAUUACAUGUCAGAUUCCUUCAUUAAUGUUCAAGAAGACAUCAGACCAGGCGUGCCGAUGCUGAGGCAGAUCCGAGAGGCCCGUCGAAAAGAAGAAAAGCAGCAGGAAGCUAAUCUGAAAAACAGGCAGAAGAGUGUGAAAGAGGAAGAGCGGGAAAGACGUGACGUCGGGCUGAAGAAUGCACUAGGCUGUGAAAACAAGGGAUUCGCUUUGCUCCAAAAGAUGGGAUACAAGAGUGGCCAGGCUCUGGGCAAGAGCGGAGAUGGCAUUGUUGAACCAAUUCCUAUCAAUGUCAAAACAGGUAUAUAUAAUCUUCUUAUUAGUGUAUUAAGUAACAAUAACUUAGAUUGGUUUGCUUACUAUAGAAUAGGGACCUUACUAUACAACCCUUCUUUACUUAGGAUGCGACUGAAAAGUAAGCAGGAUGAGCUGAGGCUCGAAGGCGACCUGAGAAGGAGCCAGCGAGCUUGCCAGCAGCUGGACACCCAGAAGAAUAUUCAGGUUCCCAGGGAGGCAUGGUACUGGAUAAGGCCUGAAGAGGAGACCGAGGAAGAGGAAGAGGAGGAGCAGGAUGAAGAUGAAUACACGAGCGAGGAUUUGAGUGUGCUGGAGAAACUGCAGAUACUCACUGGCUACUUACGAGAAGAACAUCUGUAUUGCAUUUGGUGUGGGACAGCCUACGAAGAUAAAGAAGACCUAUCUUCAAAUUGCCCAGGACCAACCUCUGCAGAUCAUGACUGAGAUUGUUCCCAAUAAAGUAAAAACUAUUUAUGCCGGUGUGGAAAGAAG